AUCUUAAAUGCUGGGUUCUUCUUAAGAAUGGCGGAUUCUAGUACUACAACAAGCAAAACCACCAUAAUUUGUACUACGCGUACUUGGCUUGAAACAAGAUGGUUCUUCUCUAGUCCCCACAAAACCCAUAUCCUCAGCUCCUUCCUCUAAUACCAACAAGGACAUAAAUAUCUUCAAGCCCCUAGUUCUUUUAGACUAUUUUUAUUGUUAUCCUUAUUCCUUAAGGAAUGUCUAUAGCUAUGGCUUCUUGUGGGCGUUUUUCUGGGCUUUGCAGUGGCGUGAGAGUAAUUCAGAAGCAACCAUUUUCUAGUCAUGGUGCUUUCAGGUGCUCUUUUGCUAUGGAUCCAUUUCGCAGAAUCUGCAUUCUUCCUAAUAGGUUAGGAUUUAAUGCAAGUACACUCGUUCCGAAAGCAUCAUCAGCUACUGUCGAGGACAAGAGUUUCUCUGAGACUGCGGAAAUACCAACUCCCAAAGUGAUACUAGAUCUGGAUUCGGAUCCAGAUGCAACUGUAGUUGAGGUCACCUUCGGGGAUCGCCUUGGGGCACUGCUUGAUACGAUGAAUGCACUGAAAAAUCUUGGGCUGAACGUUGCCAAGGCAAAUGUUUAUCUUGAUUCAUCCGGGAAGCACAACAAGUUUGCCAUUACCAAAGCUUCUACAGGUAAGAAAAUUGAGGAUCCAGAGUUGCUUGAGGCAAUUCGUUUGACAAUUAUUAACAAUAUGCUUGAGUACCACCCGGAGUCGAGUUCUCAGCUAGCUAUGGGGGAAGCUUUUGGUGUUCUUCGACCACAUAAGAAGGUUGAUGUGGACAUAGCGACCCAUGUUCAUGUCUACAAUGACAGUCCUGAACGGAGCUUACUCUGUGUAGAGACAGUGGAUAGACCUGGAUUAAUAGUUGAUCUUGUAAAGGCCAUUGCUGACAUAAACGUUGAUGUUGAAUCAGGAGAAUUUGACACCGAGGGAUUGCUCGCUAAGGCGAAAUUUCAUGUCAGCUACAAGGGCAAAGCUCUCAUCAAGCCCCUUCAACAGGUUCUUGAAAAUAGCCUGCGGUAUUUCCUGAGAAGACCAACAACAGAAGAAGCAAGCUUUUGAGUGCAAGAUUACAAAGGAAGAUAUUGGCUAAUGAUGCAAACUGGCAGUGGCAGCCUCUAUUCAUGUCUAAAAUAUGGUGUGUACUGUAUAAGUUCAUGUUCAUUUCAAGCUCCAUUUGAACAAAUCUACAUGAAUUUUUAUAAAUGUAGUAUGAAACUAUGAAUUCUCCGGUGAUGCUGUAAACCUGUUGUUAGAUCAAUUAAAAUGUUGAAAGGUGAGUGAUUUGGCUAUCAAA